AUGGAUACUACAUAUCUGGCUACGUCCUACUCGUACGAGGAAAAGGACUAUUUUGAGCCGAGUGUUGCCGUUCUUCCGACACCGUGUAGCUUCCAGCAACCUCAACAUGGACAUCUAUAUCCGAUUGUGUCUCAGCCAAUUCCGAUCCAAGGAGGAACUCAACUUGCGGGAAAUGAUCAAUACGAACAACCGCUUUCUUUGCAACCGUCUAUGUUUUACUACGCUGCCGCCGCUGCAGCGGGACCGUCAUUAAUUUCUCAACAGGACUCAGCUCAUUCGACAUUAAACACCAAAACUACGGUGGACGAUAACGGCGGCUGUUCGAACGGUGUUCGUAAACGUAGCACAAAACGUGGUCGACCCACGAAGAAUCCCGUAUGGACGUUCUUUCGCCGAGUGGACGACAAAAGUGUGCAAUGUAAUAUGUGUGCACGGUUGGUAAAAUCGGCUUGUGCGACAAAUAUGAGCAAGCACUUGGAGCGACAUCACCAGAACACUGCAAUGACUACUGCAAAUACGAUCGAUCGUGUUGAUUUCGGUGUUCAGAAAGUUGUAACGAGCUAUGAGCACUAUCAAGGGAUUCCAGAAUCACAACGACCACUGCCGGGUGUUCCAUGGAACUCCGACAGACGAGGAGCGAAACGAAAUCGUAGAACAAAGCACCCGGUGUGGGAGCUGUUUCGACGUACAACCGAUGGUAACGCUCAGUGUAUUCUAUGCAGUGUUGUGGUCCGAUCUCCAUGUUCUAGCAAUUUUAUGGGUCACCUGAAUAGGCAUCACACUGAACAUUACCAGGAUAUCUAUAGUAGAUGGUUGGAAGGACGGGUGGAUAUGCCAAGUCUACCCAGCUAA